GAAUUCUUGGGAGGAGAAUUUUUGCAAAAGCAUAGUUUUCUUGUCUUCGUGGAAAGAGUAACAUCGAAAGGUGCUGGCUUAAACCCUAAUGCAAAGGUGUGGCAAGAAGUACCCCAAGGGAGUGGCGAGGCUGUGCCACCAACAAAUGGCGCAGAGCACUCGUGGCAAGAAACAGCGGCUGCGCAAGGGACUCCUACUGAGGGUAACAUAGAGAUUUCAGAGGAUAGCUGCAAGCAAUAUGAAGUGAUGUAUUCCCCGUCUUGUGAAGCCACAAGAAAUGGCACAGGAGUUGAUGAAGCAUCUGCAAAUGGAAUUGUCCUAGCAACUGAAGAUCUCGGAUACCAAAUCUAUGAAGUGUCUGGUGAAGGCAGCUCCACUGUGUCCACAGAAGACAUUAGAGAAUGUUUGAAAAAACAACUUGAAUUCUGCUUUUCACGUGAGAAUCUUUCAAAGGAUCUCUACCUGAUGUCUCAAAUGGAUAGUGAUCAGUUUGUUCCCAUAUGGACAAUUGCCAACAUGGAAGGUAUUAAGAAGCUGACAACUGACAUGGACCUUAUUCUUGAAGUUUUGAGAUCUUCUCCUAUGGUACAAGUGGAUGAGAGGGGGGAGAAAGUUAGACCAAACCACAAACGAUGUAUUAUCAUUCUCCGUGAGAUCCCUGAAACAACACCUAUAGAGGAGGUUAAGGCUCUCUUUAAAAAUGAAAACUGCCCCAAAGUGAUAAGCUGUGAGUUUGCUCACAACAACAACUGGUACGUUACAUUCCAGUCAGAUACAGAUGCGCAACAGGCGUUUAAAUACUUAAGGGAAGAAGUGAAAACCUUUCAGGGCAAGCCAGUAAUGGCAAGGAUAAAAGCCAUCAACACAUUUUUUGCUAAGAAUGGUUAUCGGGUAGUGGAUUCCAGUGUCUACACUCAGCCAGUUCAAACACAAGCACAGUUUGCCUCGCCACUGUUUAUGCAGCCUGUAUAUAGUCCUCAGCAGUACUCUAUUUACAGCAUUGUGCCUCAGACGUGGUCUCCAAAUCCUGCACCUUACUUCGAAACACCACUGGCCCCCUUUCCUAACGGUGGAUUUGUGAAUGGCUUUAAUACACCAGGAUCAUAUAAAACAAACGCUGCUUCUUUGAGUAUAGGUCGCCCAUUCCAUAGAAAUCGCGUGAAGCCUCACUUCCGAUCGGCUAACAGCUCGGAACACGGCGUGGAGGGGCCAGCUGCCGUCAGCACCAUGCCAAUGGGGGAUGGACCACUGAACAGAACCAACUCAAGGAAUUUUGUUAUGGAGCGACAUAACAGUACGUUAACUGGGCACCAAGACCAAGGUUAUUCCCAGAAGGAUUCUCCUACCGCACAGAUGGAGCAGAACGGAGAUUAUGGCAUUGGCAGGGGCAGGAGGAACGUUUUCCGAGGUCGGAGGAGACGAGAAGAUGACCGGGUUUCAAGACCUCAGCCUUCAGCAGAAACAAAGACUCAGACACCAAAGUUUGACUUGCUAGCAUCAAAUUUCCCACCUUUGCCUGGCAGCACAGCAAAAAUACCAGGAGAGCCUGUGCUGGAGAGCAGGAUGUCCGAUAUCGUUAAAGGAGUCUGCAAAGAAAAGGAAAGCAAAGAUUUGCUGCCCAGCUGUCCAGCUCCUGCUCAGGAAGAACAAACGCACAGCACUGUCCAAGAGCCUGUGACCAGUGUGGGUUCACCAAGUGAGACUGAAGCUGUGGUGUUAAGCACAGUUCAGCCAGAGAGUAAAGCGGAAGAAGUGUCUGCUCAGAAAGAUGUCACAAGCCACGCUUCCCCACCGGCGUCUGUCUCUCCUGUCAGCGCCGCGAAGCCGCCAAGGACAAAUACCACUUCACCUUCGGCUAAUGCAAGCGCAGCUCCUGCUUUGCUGCUGCAGGAGCCACGCAAGCUAAGUUAUGCUGAAGUUUGCCAGAAGCCCCCAAAGGAGCCUCCUCCAGUCCCUGUUCAGCCUCUUAGGGAACAUCGCACCAACAUAGUUCCCCCUGCCAAAAAUGAAGAAAACGGCACACCUGAGAAGGCUCCGGAGAAGGCUCAUGACAAGGUUGAAGGUCGAAUGAAGGAUUAUUCUGGGUUCCGAGGCAACGGGCCUCCCAGGGGAGCUGCUGAAAAUCAGGGAACAGAGGCGCCAAUUUGGACGCAGAUCAUCGCCUCAGGGAGCACCUCGACGUAUCGGCAAGGAGCAGUACGUGCCACCCCGGUCACCAAAGUAACACUUGUCCAGCCAAUUUCUCUAUUUAAUUUGAGCUGUGGACUAAUAAGCAGCAAAGGAGACUGUGAGGAAGAAGUAUUCGUGAAGGGGAAUACUGAACUGGAGCGUGGCUUGUGUGGAGAAGUUGUGGAGGGUCCCAAAAUUCAUCUCUAAAAGUGAUUUCACAAAUGCUGGAGGAUUCCAAUCAAUAUAAAUAUAGAGAUUAUAAUUUUUGUAUUUUUGUUUUUAAUUUGCAGAGGGUUUCCUGCUUGAAAUCAGUUUUGGGGUUGUGAACUAGCAUUUUGACAAAGUGAAAGAAUAUGAAUUGACAAAUUAACCUGUCCCUCAGUGUAGGAGGAAAAGGAUAAGAGAAUAUUAUUUUUGAAAAAAUGAGCAUUUCUGUAAAAUUAGAACUUUUUUUAACCUAUUUAACAUUUGGCUUGUCGGAUGAUGUGUCUGCCAUUGAUGGCCUUGCAUUGCAGAGCACGUCUGCGGCUGAGGUGCUUGGUCGGCGUGUGAGUGGAGUGAGUGCAGCCAGAUACUGUUGUCAUGACUUAGUCACUGAUGAUAAAAACUGAAUGUACUACUGUAGUAAACUUUGUGUUUCCAGCUUGAAGUGUAGUCUCUUGACCUUACUAAUAAUUCACUCAGCAAGCUUUUUAAACUAUAGUUUUUACAGGAUACUGGAUUGUAGAUCAGAGCACACGGACAGCAAAAAUUGUCUUCUAGACGCAAUGGGAAGGAGGCAGAAGGGAGCACGUCAGAAUUUUUAAUUUGCCCUUUUUCCUCGCCUCCUUUUGAGGG